AUGGAAGAACUAGUCGAGGGACUGAGACAAGCCGCUGAUAUCCUGCUCCUGGUAGAGCUUGCACAACAAGCUCUGAGCGAGGCGCAAGAGUCAAGCAUCCCACUAACGAGAAAGAUGGAGUUUAACAACCUUCAACCAGUCAUGGACAGAUUGAAAGCAGCUUCAGAAUUAGCAAUGGGAGCAAGCUUCCCGAGGGCAGACAUUGGAAGUAUCUAUCAAAGAGCUGAAGAAUGCUUGGAUAUAUCUGAGCAGCUCAUACGAUGUGCAAACGAGCAACGAAGUGAAGAGAACGACCUUGAAAGCCUAGAGACGGCAUUUGACAGACUGAAAAGACGUAUAGAACUGGAUCUCCUUACCUUUAUCGAAAACUACGCGCAAAUGCCUCUGGCAGCUCAGCGUGAGCUUAUUGAACAACUGUCAAGAUCUACCGAACGGAAUGAAGACCGAAAGGAGGAGUUCAAUGGCGCAAAUAGUGGCCGCAAAGAAGGAUUCGGGUUUUCAGUUGUCGAGUGCCUUGCUCCCAUCGAGGCCCCUGGAGACCCAACCACGAUCUUCUUUACGCUACUUGUUGACAUGAUUGAUGCUUUGCAUCGUUGUGAGAUGCAUAGGGUGAUCGACUCUCCUCCCAUUGUUGUUCAUGAAGCUCGGAGGUUUCAGGUUAUCAAGAUUAUUCUGAAUAUGCAAGGAUACAGAGCGCCCAGCGACAUGGAAGUGCGUGCUCGCAAUGAGCACUGCGCUGCCUUCAACAACAUAUUCUCUGUGCCCGCAGCCGGUACGAAAUCAUGGGUCAAUUAUUGCCAAUGGCUUGAGUCGGAUAAGCAACUGUACUGGAUCACUGGCGCAAGGGAAUCUGGCAAGGCGACCCUCAUGAAACUCAUCGCCCAUGGGCCUCAACAUCGUCCCCGUGAAUCUUUGGUUGGGUCGAUACCCUUUCUUCGCAAAUGGGCGAACGGAAAACCCCUGAUCACAGCCACAUUUCUCUACAAUACGCCAGGGAAGAACGUGGAGCUUACAAUGGAGGGAAUGCUUCGGUCACUUCUUUUGCGGAUUCUUACAAAUUGCCCAGGAGCCAUGGAAAGACUGAGUCCUGUAAAGUGGAAAAGUAUCUGCCUAUUCGGAGACUCUUACUUUGCACCUGAGAAGGAAAACCUUUCAGAUUUGCUGAUUGAUGCACUCAAUGCCGUCAAAGAUAGUCACAGAAUCUGUAUAUUUGUGGACGGUUUGGACGAGUUGGAUGGCGGUGAUGGAGACGUCGCCCGGCUAUUCAAACGCAUUAUAGACAACACGUCAGCCAAAUUGUGUUUCGUCAGCCGUCUGCUUCCAAUAUACCAAGACAUCUUGGGAAGCAGCCCCCAUCUCGAAAUUCAUCACCUGACAUACCGCCAGGUCGCGACUUAUGUGGGAGAAGCAAUGAAUAAAAAUGAAGAAUUCUUGCAAUUCCAAAACGCAAAUGCGGGUUCAGCAACCCAGUUGGUGGAGAGUAUCACGACUAAGGCGGCUGGUGUCUUCGUAUGGGCUCGUGCUGCGGUCAUUGUCAUGCUUGAUGGCUUCCAUCACACUGACAAGAUAUCCGGUCUUUACGAAAGGUUGGAUAAGAUACCAUUGGAUAUGAACGAGUUAUAUCAAAGUAUUCUUGACGAGAUGGAGCCCGAAAGUUUGAGGGAGUUGGCACAAGUAUUGCUCAUCAUGGGGAGCUGUGCUGAACCGCCUCCAGCCAUACUGCUUUCAUUCGCGUUCGAACAGAAUCCCAAAUUUGCAAUAGCGCUGCCAUCCGAAGUAAUGUUGCCUCAAGAUGUACAGACUCGCAUCAGAGCAGUAUGCAACAGGAUUGAGAGGUUAAGCAAAGGUCUUAUAAUCUUUGACAAACUUGAGGAAACAUCUAACGGCUCGGCGAUUGAAAUGUGCAGAUCCCAUUAUGCCGAGGAGAAAUUUCAACAAUUCAUUGAACAGGACUCUCUGGAAGUCUUUCUUCAGAAGUCUGCCGGCGAGGAUUUCGACGUUCAUCGGCAGCUAUGCAUGGCAUAUAUGGCCUUGCACAAAGUAAGCGAGCCUCACAAGAAGCAAUUAUUGAGGACCUAUUUUCACGAGCCUUCGUCUGCCGACAGGGCGUUGAUCUACUGUAUGAGACACGCGUCUCACGUGAAAUAUCGCCACAACUCCGAGAUGAUUGACGCAUUGGACAGCAUUGAUCUUACCGGGCUUCCUCAAUCCAGACAGCCAUGGUGGCAAGUCGAUAGUUGCGCGACAAAGUUCAUUUGCAAAAUGAACAAUUUGAACGAGUUUCAGGUCGGAGGAGAAAUGUGUGGCCCAAGCCUUCUCUCGUUGGCUGUCAAAUGUGGUGUGGUCGAGUACGUCAAGGCAAAGAUGCCAGCCAACUGUUUGGUUCCUCUUGAGGAUGUAUACAGUACCAACCACCCGAUGGACCCCUGGCCUCUUCUUCUUGACGCUUUAGACAAUUCAUUCCCAAAUUCCAGAAUGGUUGAGGUCUUACUGGAGGGAGGUGCAGAUCCGAACCUCGAGCUAUCUGGCUUGCGUUUCAGUCCUACUAUGUGGGGUCAUUAUCUGAGUCACUUGUUUUGUGCCAUUGAGGGCUUGGGAGUACAGGACGGAAGGUUGGAAGAGUAUGAAAAGAUGUUGCGCUUGAUGAUAAAGCACGGUGCCUCGCUAAGCACCGAAUCGCUGGAGAGAGCUGUCUCAAACCAGUAUCUGCGCUUCAGAAUCCGUGAGGAUUACAUGAAUGACCUCGUUCAAGUGUUUCAAAGUGACUUUGAACAGAUCAGAAUUGACCUCGAUGCUCCACUUGAUUUGGUAACCAUGGUGGCUCGUGGCAGAGAGGCAGGCUCCCGCAACGAGGAGGCUAGGAACAAGGGGUUGUUGUGA